GUUCAACCAUACUUCAAAAGAGUAACUAUCUCUCUUUCUCAGGCACCCACAAACGGGACGUACGGUGAAAUAGAAAGUACAAUCAGCAUCUUUCAACGGCUCCUUGCAACUUUCUUGGCAUUGAUUAAAUCUGUCAAGUGAUUUGAUGGGUAGUGUAAUCAGUUCAGUUCUUUCUGGAUUUGGUAAAGUCAUUGGCGACCUUUUCGGCGACCCACUUGAUUUUCUUGCCGGAAAGUCUUGCAGUUCAGUUUGCGGUUCAACAUGGGAUUUCAUCUGCUACAUCGAAAAUUUUUGUCUUGCCAAUCUGCUGAAGUUGGCCAUAGUACUGGCUUUAUCCUACUUCGUUCUCUUAUUCUUCUAUGUUUUAUACAAGCUUGGAAUCUGUUGGUGCAUUGGUCAUAGCCUCUGCAAAAUGAUAUGGGCAUGUUUGGCCACGUGGUUCUCUUUUUGGGAGUAUUGUUGCACUUUCUUGUGUGUUAAGCUAAUAAAAUUCAAAAGAAGUAACCAACACCGCAGAAGGAAUGUUGAAAUAAGCGAAACGGAUACUAGUGAUGAGGAAGAAUAUUCCGACGAUGAAAGCUUUUCAUCUGAUGAUAUACCUAGAAGUAAUUAUUCGUCUCGCCGAGGGAUAGAUUAUAGAGAAGCUCACCUGAGGAAGUCUUUACGGCCGAGAAGUCAUCGUGUACAAAUUGGGAUUAGUAGAAGAGACGCAAUACAAAGUCAUAGAAGAAACUCCUUUAAGCAUCACAACCAUGUUAGCAAAGUUGAUGAUCAUAUCAGGGUAACUCACACAUCAAGGUUUGUUAAGAAAGGCAGAAGUAUUAGGGGAGGUGUUUAUGGGAGUCGAAGAUGGUGAAAUGUUGAAUUUAUGGGGAUAGGCGCCAUGCUCUACACUUCUUGAUCAAUGAUAUAAUUAA